AUGAGCUGUGUGAUUGCCAUUCUUACGUCCAUUACGGGCCGCAUGGUAAUUUUGGGCGCGGAUUCCGUAUCAACAAGCUACGAUGUCUAUGAAACCUCCUAUCCGGCAAAAUUUCCGCAGCUGAGCCCUGAAUUCGACAUAUUUCACAACUAUCCUACCAUCACCACUCCAGGAACAUAUCACGCAUCUUAUUGUUCUUACGAAAAGAAUUACGCUCUUAUUAUCGAGAAAAUAACUGUGGGAUUACCUAAAAUAACGCGUUACCCCAUGGUAUCAUCUAGCCGUGAUGCUGAGGCUGAAACUAGCUGUCUAGAUUAUAUCAAAUCAAAUUAUCCAUUAGAUUUUAUUCUACUCAUGUCAGAUAUAAAGAAAAAAUCUUGUUGUACGACCAGAGUGGUAGCCAGUCUUGCCUUCAAAAGAUUCAUCGGGGUAGAUGGAUUUUAUGGCUGCUUCGCUCCACAUAUAGAAGAUCAGUAUUUUCGCGUCACAGCUGAUGAACCCAUACCUGUCGAAGAUAUUCUAUCCGACGAUCCUUUACUCCAUGUACAACGAGUAAAAACGGGACAAGAGGCACUUACUUGGUACCAGGGCCAUCUACAUUUACUACGUAGCAUAAAAUCUAGAAAAAUAUGGUGGUAUCCAGCUACCAAGAUCGGUGCCGAGAAUGAAAAUGUGCGCAUGAUCAUGGACUUUAUGAGGCGUCACUUUUCCCAAAUCAGAGAUUUCGAAACAAGAUUUAUUGAUGCUCCAAGUAAAGGCCCAAAAAUGAAAUCAGCCAGCUCUCAUGAGUCUUCUGAUCUAGAUCAAGAGCCAAGGUCCUCAACAAAUGUUCAAAAAUUGAAUGAAAAUAUGUUGGUCGCAUCACCUGCUGAUGGCUGGUUUUGUUACAAGGCGCAAUAUGAACCCGUAACUAUCAGUCUACCACGAGUGGGCGCUAAUUCACAUCAGACCCAGUCUAUCUUAAGGUCAAGAAAAGUAUUUACCAAGGCAAUUGAGCAGAUCCAUCUAUUUGGAGGGGCGUUUAAUCAUGGCAGGAAUUCAGGCAAAUUGAUGCGGUCGAUUCUGGACAUUGGUGUUGUGUAA